ACGUCACAGCAACCCGGAACUGCCGGCUGCACAACAAGGACAGUAGCUGCACGUUCUGUGGACCUGUCAAAGCUGGCAUGGCGGGGGUGGCGGUGCUGGGGGCUUCCCGGGUCCUGCUCCCCCGGACACUGGCCGUGGCCUCAGGCAGGUGCUCGGCCUCGGUGAAGUCCGUCCUGACUCCGGCUCCAUGCGUGAUGUCCGUCCCGUUGAGGGCCUCUGUCAGAAAGCUGCAACUCUGCUCCUCAUUAUGUGCCGGGCACAACAAAUGGUCAAAGGUGAAACACAUCAAAGGACCCAAAGAUGAGGCGAGAGGAAAGAUGUUUAUGAAGUUUGGCAUGAUGAUAAAAAUAGCUGUGAAAGAGGGUGGACCUAACCCAGAUCUGAAUAUUAACUUGGCACACGUGCUGCAGCAGUGCAGGAACAAAAACAUGCCCAAAGCAUCCAUAGAGGCUGCAAUCAAGAGUGCGGAAAAGUCUAAACCAGCAUCCCAGCACAUGUUCGAAGCUCGGGGGCCCGGUGGAUGUCUGCUGCUCAUCGAGGUCCUCACUGACAACAACACCCGCUGCCACCAGGAAAUUAAACGCCUGCUUAACAAGAACGGAGGGAUGCUGUCUGAUGGAGUCCACCACAACUUCACCAGGAGGGGGGUGGUGGCGAUGGCGGGCAAGACCAUCUCGACGGAGAGAGCUCUGGAGCUGGCCAUUGAGGCGGGAGCCGAAGAUGUCCAAGAGAGUGAGGACGAGGAGGAGCAGCCUCUCCUGCAGUUUAUUUGUGACACCAUGGACGUGAAUAAGGUGCGGGCCUCAUUGGAGAAGCUGGGAAUGCAGAUUGCAUCUUCUGGGGUGGAGUUUGCUCCAAGCAUCUUCUCGUCUCUGGACCAGGACCAGCUGGAUACCGCUUCAACACUAAUAGACGCUCUCAAUGACUGUCCAGACGUAGUUCGAGUAUGGGACAAUAUCCAGGCUGACAGCUGAGUACGAUCUCUGGACACUUGGUAGACACUGAGUAGGUUGCAUGUGGAAUAUCUCAUUUCACAGAGAAAGAUUUUGACAACCUUGUACAUCAGUCAGUAAAGAUACUACUGCUUGUCAUGUCAUUAUAAGGAACAGACGUUAUCAGUGUGAGAAUCUGUGUGUUUUGGCCAUUUUGAUGUCUAUAUGGGAAAAAGUUUUGAUGAGAAAUUAAACUGUGGUCCUAGUUGGAAUGUGAA